AUGCGUACUGGACUGACUGAAGACCUUCAAGCCAUUGAUGGCACUCGCAAGACAGCAGUAAUUGAUCGUGAAUUGCUAAGGCUAAACAUCGACAUAGCAGCUCUGCAGGAAACGCGUCUGCCAAAAAGUGGGUCAUUGAAGGAGAAAAACUAUACCUUUUUCUGGCAAGGAAAAGGUGCAGAGGAAUUCAGAGAAUAUGGGGUGGGGUUUGCCGUCAAGAACAGUCUACAAAGUAUGAUUGAACCACCAACAGGUGGUACAGAGAGAACCCUUACCCUACGUCUUUCAACAGUACAAGGUGUUAUAAAUCUUAUAUGUAUUUAUGCACCAACACAGUUAGCCUCAACUGAGACCAAAGACCAGUUUUACGAGUUAUUAGACCAUAUCAUCAAGGGCAUACCAUCAUCAGAACAAGUCUAUCUUCUCGGGGACUUCAAUGCUCGGGUUGGUGCAGACAGAGAGUCUUGGCCAAGCAUCUUAGGUCAUCAAGGCAUAGGAAACAUGAACGAAAAUGGUCAGAGACUUUUAGAGCUCUGUUGCUAUUACAACCUCUGCGUGACAAACACCUUUUUCCAGAACAAGGCAUGUCACAAAACAUCUUGGAGACAUCCCAGGUCAAAACACUGGCAUCAGCUAGACCUGAUUAUUACUAGGAAGGACUCCCUGAACAGUGUUUGUAACACCAGAGCAUACCACAGCGCCGACUGCGAUACUGACCACUCUCUGGUAGCCUCCAAGGUCAAACUGAAGCCCAAGAAACUUCACCAUAAGAAACAGAAAUUUCAACCAGAGAUCCAUACAAGCAAAACUGCCUACGCUGACAAAAACCAGGAGUUCAUCAAGCGACUUGAAGAAACUUUGGCCAAAAGAGAAGGACUUAAUGCAGAAGAUCAAUGGAAUUUCCUUAGAAACACCAUCUUUGACUCUGCACUCUUGACAUAUGGAAAGAAAGAACACAAGAGCACGGACUGGUUUGAGGCCAACAUUAUGGAAUUGGAGCCAGUUAUUGAAGCCAAACGGGAUGCACUGAUCAACUACAAGCGAAACCCCAGUCUGCAAAAUAUGCAAGCACUGAGAACUGCUCGCAAUGAAGCAAAACGAACAGCAAGACGCUGCGCAAACAAUUACUGGAUCCAACUCUCAGACAACAUACAGGAAGCCUCAGACACUGGCAACAUUAGGAAAAUGUAUGAGGGGAUUAAGCAGGCAACAGGCAUACCAAUAAGAAAAACUGUGCCCCUGAAGUCCAAAACAGGAGAUGUCAUCACUGACAUGGACAAGCAAAUAUGUCGUUGGGCUGAGCAUUAUUUGGAACUCUUUUCCAAAGAAAACAUUGUUACCCAAGAAGCCCUCGACAGCUUUGAAAACCUGCCAGUGCUGGAUGACCUGGACACUGAGCCAACUUUAGAAGAUCUCAGCAAAGCCAUUAACGAAUUAGCCAAUGGCAAGGCACCAGGUGAGGACGGCAUACCACCGGAAAUCAUCAAGUGUGUGAUCUUAAAACGACUGCAAGUCCUUGCUGACCGCAUCUAUCCAGAGUCACAAUGCGGUUUCAGGGCUAAAAGAGGUACAGUGGACAUGAUAUUCUCUGUGCGUCAGCUUCAAGAAAAAUGUAGAGAACAGCGGAUGCCACUCCUCAUCGCCUUUAUUGACCUCACUAAGGCGUUUGACCUUGUGAGCAGGAAGGGUCUGUUCCAGCUGAUGCAGAAGAUUGGUUGUCCCCCACAGUUGCUCAACAUCAUAGCUUCUUUUCAUGAUGACAUGAAGGGGAUAGUAAGUUGUGAUGGCAAACCUUCUAAACCCUUCAACAUCAAGAGUGGCGUCAAACAGGGAUGUGUCCUUGCCCCAACCUUGUUUGGCAUCUUCUUCUCCAUGCUGUUAACAUUUGCCUUUAGACACUCCACAGAAGGUGUUCAUCUACACACCAGAAGUGACGGAAGGUUGUUCAAUCUGGCCCGCCUGAAAGCCAAGACUAAAGUCCGCUCAGUACUGAUUAGAGAGAUGCUGUUUGCAGACGAUGCAGCCCUGGUGGCGCACACUGAAGAAGAACUACAGCAGCUGCUCAGUCAAUUUUCCCAUGCCUGCAAAGAGUUUGGGCUCACGAUCAGCAUUAAAAAGACCAAUGUCAUGAGCCAAAACGUCCCUUCACCACCAUCAAUCAAAAUUGAAAACAAUGUGCUGGAAAACACUGAUAAGUUCACGUAUUUGGGCUCCACCAUCACCAAUCACUUGUCGCUUGAUAAAGAAAUAGACAUGCGUAUUGCAAAAGCUGCUAUAAUUUUGUCCAAACUCAGCAAGAAAGUGUGGGACAACAAUAACAUCUCAUUGAAUACCAAACUCAAAGUAUACCAAGCAUGCGUUCUCAACACAUUGCUGUAUAGCAGCGAAACCUGGACGACAUAUGCCAUUCAGGAAAACCGCUUGGAAAGUUUCCAUCUCCGCUGCCUGCGACGAAUCCUUGGUAUAACCUGGGAAGACAAGAUCACAAACACAUCUGUCCUGGAACAGACAAAUUCCCACAGCAUGCACACUUUGCUCACUCAACGGCGGCUCCGAUGGAUAGGUCAUGUGCGCCGUAUGAAGGAUGGCCGUAUUCCCAAGGAUAUACUAUAUGGUGAACUAGCAACAGGACACCGUCCUGUAGGCCGACCAGCACUGCGUUACAAGGAUGUUUUCAAGCGUGAUUUGAAAGCCACUGGUAUAAACCCUGAUACCUGGGAGUCACUUGCAGAAAAACGCAGUGCAUGGAAAACCAUAGUAAGUGAUGGAAUCCAAAGGGGAGAAAUGAAGAGACUCCAGCAGUUGAAGGACAAAAGAAGUCGCAGGAAGGAGAGGAAAUCAAGCCAUGACUCCAACCUGCCAUCCAGCUUUGUCUGCCUAAAUUGUGGCAGAGACUGCUAUGCACGAAUAGGACUACUGAGCCACUCCAGAUGUUGCCAACAACAAAAAAAAAUAAUUGACUGA